CGCUACUAACGUGUAUUGUUUUGGGCGUUACGAAUAGGAAUCAAUGAACAUCAAUGAAUACUGGUUUGUGUCGUAUGUGUUACGUGGAAAUGUAUGGAAUCGGUGACAAGUGUUUGAUACAGGAAAGUGCAGGAAAGCUUGUCUUUAAUGGAAAUGCGAAGAAGUUAAGCGAUAUGAGUGCGCCCUUAGUAUUUGUGAAUGUAUAUGAAGAAAACAAGUUAUAUGUGGUGUGAUUCCACUGAAUGUCAUGGAAAAAGGCACAGUUACUAAAGUGCUGAAUGAUUUUCUUACCGUCUCUGAGGGUGAGAUCUCACUUAAGAAAGGAGAUAUUGUUCAGGUAUUGGAGAAAGUAGACAGGCAUUGGUGGUAUGGUUGCUGUGGUGGAAAAUAUGGCAAAUUCCCUGGCAGCUAUCUUGUACCAGUUGAAAUACCAUCUCUUGAAGACAACCAUGAAUUAUUUGCAGCAGUUUCUGACUUCCCACGUCAGCAAGAUGAUGAUCUUGCAUUUACAAAAGGUGAGCUGAUUGUUGGUAUAUCUCAAGUAAAUGAGAAUUGGUGGUAUGGAAGAAUUGAUGAGAGAACUGGAAUAUUUCCAACUACUUAUACAUGGCAGUUAGAUUCCAAACUGCUGAAGGAAAAAUUAAAACACCAGUUCAUGAACAUGAAAGCACGUGUAAAAAUGAAUAUGAAAGCACAGCUGGAUGAAGAAAUGGAUUUACAUGAAGGAGACAUUGUAAUCGUGACUGAAAUUGUGGAUAAGAACUGGUAUAGGGGCAUUUGUGGAUCACAAGUAGGAGUAUUUCCAUCAGCCUAUGUAGACAUUAUUGAAGAUAAUGAUGCAACAGAAAGCGGUGGAAUGCCUCACAGUAGUCAUUUUGAGUUACCAGUGAAACUUUCAGAGUCAUCUCAUAGUGUUUCAACAUUGAAAAACAAUGAUGACGUUGACUUGUUAGCUCUUUCACCUGAAGCAAAGUUCUCACCAUUGGCUCAAACAAGUGAUGCACAGAUUAUAAAUGAGUCCGAUAUCUUUGCUGAUGAUUACUUUAAAGUAAACAUGCCAUCUGUAUAUAACAAUAGCUCUGAAAGUAAAACAAACAAAACUGAAACAUAUAAUGCUCAACCUUCAGUGGAAUUAGAUGUUGUUCCAUAUGGUAUCACACUGUAUCCUUUUUUUGCCCAGUUUGAUAAUGAACUAGGUUUCCAUGAAGGAGAAAUUGUCACACUAUGUCGCCAUGUUGACAGAGACUGGAUUGAAGGGAAGAUUGAUGGAAAAAAAGGUAUUUUUCCAAAAAGUUAUGUAAAUAUUCUGGUAGACUGUGAGGGUUAUGCAAAUACUGCGGAAGACAACAGUUACAAUUCUUUGAAUGAAUUACAGCAGUUUCAUUGUUACAAUUCAGAUGCUGAGACUGAAUUGACACCAAAUUCAUUUGCAAAGGUGUUAUAUAAUUUUGAUGCACAGAUGGAUGGUGAUUUGACGGUGCACAAGGAUGAAGUUGUGUGGAUUGUAAGCAAAGCAAAUGAAGAUUGGUGUGAAGUAAGAAAUCAGUCUGGGAAGGUUGGUCUUUGUCCACAGAACUACCUGAAUCCUCAUUUCUUAUCAGAUGAGUUAAACAGUAAGUUACUCCAGGGAACCUCAUUUGCAACAGAUGAUUUGCUUGGUCUUUUUAGUUCAACUGAAGAGAACACUAAUAAUAAUUUUGGGAAUACACAAUAUGUACCUAGUGAUGGCAAUAAAAGAAAAUAUCGGAGUCAUGACUUUCUGCAGCCAGCAAGUCUGUCUUCACAGAAAGGCAGCAGCAUUGAAGAUUUUAUUUCCAAAAAUCUUGAGAUGUACCAUAUCUCGGCAAAGACCUCAAGUUCUCACCCUAGUCAUAGACAUUCAGUGAACCUUUCUGAGAACAAGAAUGCUGGGUCUGUGUCAGCAAAUGCUGAUCAGUGUGUACUGAAGCACAGAUUGUCAUUUUCUCCAGAAUUGCAGCAAGAAGAAUCCCAUAGCACUGUCAAGCAACCUAAAGCAAAUUCUGAACCUCUUAAUACACAUCAAUCACCAACUCUGCAGUUACCACCAGUUCAGCACCAAGAAGAUGCUAAUGACAAACCCUUGGAAGAACCAGCUUCCUGGGAAGAAGGAGAAGUGGAGCUGAGAGGUCAUCACAGUGAAACCCCAUCACAUGUAAGUCGCUCACAUUUUCAGAGACAGGAGUUGAGCAGACAAAGCUCUGAUAGAUUACCACACCGACCACCACCACCUGUACCUGUCCCAGGACAGAAACCAGUUCAUCAUAGGCUUCAUCGUGCCCCAAAACAGUGUGCACCAUUAUCAGAAUGUACAGUUCCAGAAGAAAAAUCAUUGUCAGGAGGAGAGCAUUCACAGGGUGAAGAUAACCUUGAUGUGUUUGAAGAGAAAAGGAAGAAAAAUUGUGAGCAGAGACAAAAUGUAAUAACAGAACUUGUGCUUACGGAGAAGGAGUACGUGAGGGACCUGAAGAUCACAUAUGAAAUAUUUAAUUUACAUAACCCAAGACUUCUUGAGGCAAGAGGUAUUGAUGUGAAGGUUGUGUUUGGUAAUAUCUUGGAGGUACUGCAAGUGGCAGAGACUCUGUUGGAUAAGUUACAGCUUGCUAUGAAAGGGAAAUCUGAAGAUGAACAGUGUGUGGGUUCAUGUUUUGUUGAGCUGGCUGACCAAAUGAAAUCUGUUUAUGGACAAUACUGUAUGAACCACAAUAAUGCACUUACAUUGCUUGAAAAGUAUGAGUCAGUUGAAGAAAUACAGAUUUUAUUCAAUAAAGGAAUUGAGACUCUGCGUUUACAAGUUGCUUGCUUUGAUAUGGGUUCUAUUCUUAUCAAACCAGUACAAAGAAUACUUAAGUAUCCACUCAUUCUGAAUGAAUUAAUAAAGUGUACUGAAGAUUCUCAUAAGGACAAACCCGAAUUACUAAAUGCUGUGAGAACAAUGAUGGAUGUAGCUACUUACAUAAAUGAGUACAAACGUCGUAAAGACAUUGUGUCAAAAUAUUUGGAUGAUGGAAAUGCUAGCAUAUCCAGUAGAAUGUCAAAGAUUUCCCUACAUUCUGUUGCCAAAAAGUCUGCAAGAUUUGGGCUGAUGCUCACAUCUACACUCUUUGGAGUUGCUACAAAAGAUCCUGUGUUUGAUGAACAUGAAUUCAUAUUUCACACCAUGGAGAAGACUGUCCGAAGUUUCCUAAAGGAUGUAGAAAUAUUUCUUUGUGGGAUGCAUGAAACAAUUACUUAUCAGCUUAACAUUGGAGCAUCAAUCGUUCCUUUCUAUCAGGAAAGUAAUUCAGAAGCAGAAGAUUAUCACAAACUCCAACAACUUAUCUGCAGACGAUUCUGGGUGGAAUUUAAGAAGAUUGUGGAGCAGAGAGUUUUGGUUCCAUUACAUACUUUGGUGGAAUUAUUUGAGGGCCCAGCAAUUUUAGUGCAGAAACGUCAUGAUAAACUGUUGGAUUAUGAUGGAUGUUUUGCCAAAGCUGAGAAGAACAAGGAAAACAGAUUGAUCCAAGAAGAGUUACUGGCUACAAAGAGCAAUUAUGAAGCACUGAACAGUCAGUUACUGGAGGAGCUUCCAACACUGAAUUCCUUGGCUUCUGAAAUGCUUGUGGAGUGUUUGGCAGCAUUUAUUAUGGCACGGAAAAUGUUCUCGGGAAGAAUAACCAAAGAAUAUUUUGCACUAAUGGAGACUCCCUUCAUGAAGUCUGCUCAAGGUGAUGCAAUAGAAUCAUUUGCAGUGAAGCAUAGUUUGGUAUGGAAUCAGCUGGGAAGGUUUAGUUUUUCACCCAAAAGUGUGAAAACCGAUACAUUAACAAAGAGAAAUUCAAAGACUUCACCCACAUCAGCUACUAAGCAGUUUGAAUCUGACACACUGAACAAACACAACCAGAUUCAGAGUCACAGUCAGCAAGCAUAUUUACAGAGCCGAUACUCUCAUGAUAUGCUGUACUGUGUUGCUGUGCCAUACACAGCAGCUGAAGCAGUGGAACUCACAGUUAGCAGAGGGAAUAUUGUUGCUGUGAUCAAGAAACAUGAUCCAUUGGGUGACACAAGAAUGUGGUUUGUUGAGGAUGGAUUAACAAAAGGUUUUGUACCUAACAGCUCGUUAGAGCCGCUCUAUCAAGGGAUCCAUUCUGCUGGUCCAACCAAUCUGCCAUCUGGUAGUACAAAUGAUGAUGUGCCAUCACAAGAACGGUCCCGAAGUCGUGACCAAAGAAAAUCACAAGUAGGGACACAUUCUCCUACACCAAGACUGCUGGAGCCACCACCGCCCUCAUAUGAUGAAGUUGUAUCAUCUGCUGAUUCUAGUCCUCGGUUAGAAAGGUCAAGAGCUUCAGCUGCUUCAGAGCGUGAAUAUCAGAGCACCAGAGAACAUGAAAAGGACACUCACAUUUAUGAAGAAAUACCAGAAUCAGCUACAAGAAGCAUUUAUGAAAAUGUUCCCAACAUUGGAAGUGGAAAUGCACCAGGGUUUUUCUAUGCUGCAUAUGAUUUUGAAGGCAGUGGGAUGCAUAUGCUGAGUGUAAAGAGUGGCCAAAUUGUACUUGUUCUACAACAGCAAGACAUCCAGGGUAAUCCAGAAUGGUGGUUUGUAGAAGACCGCUUUGGUGAGAAAGGUUAUGUGCCUGGUAAUUAUCUCAGAAAAUAUGAGCAAUAAGUAUCAGGCACAAUUUAUUUUUAUAUUGAUUUCAUCCUGGACACUUUGUGCAAAUAUUAAAUCAUGUGAUUUUUAAAUGUGUAUAUUAAAAUACAGAGUUUUCAUAUAAGUGUGUAUGCACGCCUGCUUGUAUUGUUUUUUCAAAUAUUUUCCUCUCAUUUUAAUAUAAUAUAUGAAAUCUAACCAAUAAGUUUUCUGCAAAUUUUAUGUCAUUACCUACAGCUGUGUUGUAUGCUGCUAGCAGAAAUUAAGAACCGUCUUGUACUACAGGCUCAGCAUAUGACACCUCACUGUAAACUGCAGAUGGACAACAUACUGGCAAUAUGCGUCAUGUACAGUAGCACGAUGUAGUAUUUAAUGAAUAAUGGCACAUACAGUUCCAGUACUAUGGGAGCACUUUUCAAACAAUACUCUCUUCUGGAAUAUGAUGCUGUGUAGUCUAGUAGGUUCAGAAUUACUGGGUUUUCAGACCAUGUCAGUCGCCUGGUAUUGUAGAAACUAGAGAAUACAACUUUUUGGAAACUGGAUCUGCUUCUGUCCUCAGGUGAGGGAGGGGAG